AUGGCUGAUCCUCUCAGCGUCAUCGCCAGUGCCUUGACCGUGAUCGGAUCCGGAUUCCACAUCGCCAAGGGGCUUAAUACACUCGCGGACGGUCUUGGCUCCGCCGGAGGAUCAGUCCGUAUGUAUGCAACAGAAAUUCGAAUCUUCUCAGAACUACUGGAAACUGUCCGAGAGGAACUGGAAAAAGAUCCAAAGCACUCUUGGUCUCGCGCAGAGCAUCUGACGAUGGAGAUUCUGAACGUUUGCAAGUCCUUGUUAGAGCCUACAAACCAGUUACAGGCCAAACUGAAUCCAUUGUUGGUAUUCUAUCGUGAUAGCCCAGCAAAAAUAAGCCAGAUUGCGCUUCGGAUUCGAUGGGUGUUUUCUGCCCAGGAGAAAUUGUUGCGGUAUCGUGGGUCAUUGCAAGCCCUUACAGUGACGCUGAACGCGGCCCUUGCUACAAUCAAGUUCAAAGCGAAGCCCAGCAGUCCGACCACCUGGUACAUCGAAGAGAAUUUAGUGCAGUGUAUUAAUGAUGUUCGUAGGUCACUCAAUGAUCCCAGGCGACUAGCACUUGGCGGCUUCCUACAACCCAUAGUACAGGUGACCCCACCACCAGAUACGAGAGCUGCUAUCAUGAAUGGUGCUUCUAUUUUGUCAAAAGCACCUCUGGAAUACCAUACCUCUCGGCGAAUCACCUUUCAAGCCAGGCUUAGUCCGCAAACUUCCGAUUCGGGUGCGGAGACCAAUCAUGCAGAUGAUGAUUCCAGCAAUACGACACAUCAUAUCGGACUAUCUCAAGCGCUAAUACGUCCUACCUUCCAGGAAGAUGAGCCAAUCGAAGGUUUUGAAAACCCAGAUACAGACGAGAUCGACGAGAUCGACGAAAAGAUCUACAAUGCGAUAGACCAGACACUGUACCAACAGCCUGAAAGUGCAGAGCAGGAAGUGUGGGAAGACCUUCGGGUCGUAUCGCGCAAGGUGCUCCUGUAUGCCGAAGACAUUCUUUGCGGUGCGUCUGAAACGUCAUCGCAUGGCCCGUCGGUAGGCCCCCGUCUUCAGCCUGAUGAGCUUCCAAAGGAUUCUGAAGCAGAGUCUACUGGCUUCUUUAUGAAGACGAAACACGGCGUACUGAGAAUGCCUAGCGAUAUGGCUCAGAACGUCAUGAUAAAAACUACGGAGGACGGCAUUGAUGUGAUACCCAGGAAUGAUCGUGAAUCCAUAUCAGUUGGUGUACCCGUAUCAAGCGUAUCUAGUGCCAGCGACCUAGUGGCCUUGAAGGACCUCGACGGCAGAACCUAUCGAGUUCCGUACGACUCAGUACGAGAUUGGGAUGAUGCGAAAUCCUUUUUCUUGUCAUUGUGUGGUCCUCCAAUCUUCAUAUCUGGUGGUUAUGAUGAUGGAAUGCAAACUUCUUUGGCUGAAGUAUUUGAAAAGGGUGAUUUUUUGUUGAGAGGGGAUGAUGGACGCUAUAUUCCACCACAAUAUUGGGCGCAGAACGUGCAACCCCAGUCGACCGUUGAAUUGCAACUCAACGACAAUGUCUUCUUGGCGGGGAAGUACUUUACAGGAACUCUGGAAACUGGAGAGCAACCCAAAAAUCAGGAAAUACCAGUAGUUUUCCAAGCCGAAGAACUACCAAAACUCGAAGAGUCUCCGAACGAGACAAUCUCGAGAGCACCCAAAGUGCUACUAGGGUCAUCGUCACCAACAGAAUCAUUGGAGAAGCCAAGGGAGUCGAGAUCUGCUAAGAUCGGCAGGUUGUUCAGUCGAAAGCGAUAG